AAGAUGCCCGCCGGGAAGUUCUUCCUCGAGAUCUUCGCCGGCGUCGGACACCUCAGAGUGGCCGCCGCCGCCGCCGGGCUGCGAGUGGCGGUGCCGAUUGACGCGCGCAAUGGAGACCACCUCGAUGUCACCUGCAAGGCCGUGGCUGACGUCAUCAUUGGCUGGAUCCUGGCCGGGCGCAUCUGGAUGGUCUGGUUGGGCACGCCUUGCACCUCGUGGACAGCGGCAUUGCGACGCCACCGAGGAAGCGACGGUGCGGGUGGUCAGGCUCGCGACGCUGCCGGCCUGGCAUGUGCUCGUUUCACUUGUCGUGUGCUACGCGCUUGCAGAAGUGCGGGUGUGCAGUUCGUCGUCGAGAAUCCGAGGAACUCCGCGUUGUGGCAGUGGCCGCCGCUCGUGCGGUUCACGCGACGGGCGGUCAGCGUCUCCCUUGAGAUGUGCAGCUACGGCGCAGCCUGGCGCAAGCCCACCCGGCUUGUCGGGACCCUCGAGGGCCUCGAGCGGAUGGGGCAGCUCUGCCCAGGACAUGGCCGACAUGUCGUCUUGCAAGGAUCAGUACACCUGCCGGGGACUGGCUGGCGCUGGCGGACCAGCUUCGCGUCUGUGUACCCUCUUCGUUUUUGCAGGCGCCUGGCAGGGCUCUGCUGGGAUGCGGCGCCCUCGCCAGCCUGGCGCUCGUGCGCAGACGCCAGGCUCGACGAGCAGCGGGGGAGCCAGCUGGCAGCCGCGCGGAGCUCGGUCGUCGACGAGCCGUUCCACCUGGGCGCCCUCCCGCGGGCGGCCACGCUCGGGUGGGAGUCAGCAGACGGGCGCUGA